AUGAUGGUGGAGUGGAUUGACUGCUUAAAGAAAAGAACUGCGGAGCGUAGUAGUCUUGAUCUUGAAAUACUGUUGUGCUCGUUGAAGGAAUUGACUGCAUUAAAGGACUGCCCUGAGGAAUUGUUACGGCGAAUUUGUCAGUAUGCUACUCACGAGAGCUUAAAACGUGGCGUAAAAUUAUUUCGUGCUGGUGAAUGCGGCACUAAAUGGUAUGUCAUCCUCUCCGGAUCGGUGUAUGUGAUAAGUUCAGACUCAAAGGGUGAAAAAGUCGUUGAUAUCCUUGAAGAAGGAUCGGAUUUUGGUGCUGGUGUUCGCAACGAUAAUCCAAGGAGCGCUACCGUUAUCACGAAGGAAAAUUGUCAAUUUCUGCUUGUGGACAAAACUGAUCUUAAAAUGUUGUUUGAUGACUAUCGUAACGAAAUCCUAAAACCUACCCCCGAAGAAAGCAUGAUUGGUACCCGCGGAAAGGAAGAAAAUCCUGAAAAGUCAUUCAUUAGAAGAAACUCCGAUCGUAGCACCAUUAGAGUACCGAAUCAACGCGUUCAACCACUAAUGAGCGUAAAAGAUGCUGGUAGAUUAUUGUAUGGACACCUUAAAAAGAAAUUUCCUCAACUGAUGAAAGAUAAAGUAUUUCAUCACGUUGUCUACAAACAAUGUUGCGUCGGUUCCGAACUGGUCGACUGGUUGAUGUCGGUUGCUUCUAUGUUAAAUCAUCGAGAUCAUGCUGUAGGAAUUUGGCAAACUUUGGUAGAGGAAGAAAUUUUAGAAAAUGGUAAGAUGGUAACUAAGUUAUUCGACUAG